UAUGGAUAGGGUUAGUAAGAAGUUUGAUAACUGAUCAAGAAUGAAAUCGAUUUUCCUUAUUGUAGCUGCACUUUGUGCCACUUGCUAUGCACAACAGCUCUCCACGAAGGAACCUAUUCCAAUUGUCAAAUAUAUCAAUGAAGGUGUAGGACCUGAGGGGGCUUAUCAAUGGGGGUUUGAAGCGGCCAAUGGUAUUGCAGCUGAAGAACAAGGCUCUCUCAAGAAUGCCGGCACAGAAAAUGAAUCUAUUCAAGUCCAAGGAUCUGCAAGAUGGACUUCUGAAGAUGGAACUCCAAUCGAACUCACUUACGUUGCCGACGAAAAUGGAUUCCAACCAAGAGGGGCCCAUCUUCCUACUCCUCCACCAAUCCCAGUAGCAAUUCAGAGGUCACUAGACUGGAUCGCAGCACAUCCUCAGCAAGAAGAGAAUCAGAGGUUUGCCGCCAGUAAUCAACAAUCUGUCUUCAAACAGAGAAAAUACUGAAAACUGUUAAAUUUACGAGGAUAAUUAUCUGUAUAUAAUGUUGUUAUGUUUUCUGAAUAAAUACUAGAGCUGUGGAGAAUUCAAUA